AUGCCUCCCACGAAGCUUCCAGAGUCGGGCAACCCGCUGGUCUUUUUUGAUAUCACCCUUGGCGGUGAGCCCCUGGGCCGCGUCACCUUCGAGCUCUUCAAGGAUGUCGUGCCCAAGACGGCCGAGAACUUUCGCCAGUUCUGCACCGGCGAGUCCAAGGACGCCCGCGGCCGCCCGCAGGGCUACAAGGGCUCCAAGUUCCACCGUAUUAUCCAAGGCUUCAUGUGCCAGGGAGGCGACUUCCUCAACGGCGAUGGCACCGGCUCCGUCUGCAUCUACGGAUCCUCCAAGUUCGAGGACGAGAACUUUAACUUGAAGCACGACCAGCCUGGCCUACUCUCCAUGGCUAACGCCGGUCCGAACACCAACGGCUCGCAGUUCUUCAUCACCACCGUCCCGACGCCCUUUCUGGACAACAAGCACGUCGUCUUUGGCAAGGUCGUCGACGGCAUGGAUAUCGUCAAGAUGAUGGAGUCCACCAAGACGGGGUACCGCGGCAAGGACCAGCCGAACCAGGACGUUGUCAUCGCGCAGUGCGGCGAGAUGUAA